AUGGCGAUAGUAGACGACAAGUCGCAGCACUGCAUCCCUUUCCUAUUAGAGCGUCUCCGCACCCACACGGCCCGGUAUCGCGACGGUAAUGCCCCGCCAUUUUUCUUGGGUCUCAAUGGCGUGCAGGGGGCCGGCAAAACGGUCCUGGUGUCUACUUUACAGCAGACCCUCCGUUCAGAGCCGUAUUCGCUUUCCGUCGUGACUUUAUCGCUUGACGACCUCUACCUUACGCAUGCUGACCAGGUUGCGCUGGCCGAGGCGCACCCCAAUAACCCGCUUCUUCAACACCGUGGUCAGCCUUCAACUCAUGAUUUAAUUCUGGGUGAGAAGGUAUUCGCCUCGCUCGCUGCGGAGCAGCCCACUGCCAUUCCGCAAUAUGACAAGUCUGCAUUUUCCGGGCAGGGUGAUCGCGUACCUGAGUCGCAAUGGGAAGUUGUGAAUAAAGACGGCCAGGAAAAGGUUAAGGUCGUUAUUUUCGAAGGCUGGUGUGUCGGAUUCCGUCCUUGGGAUAACGAAUCUUUGCGCGCCAAGUGGGAGGCUGCUGUGCGGCAAAAGGAGACCGGCAAUUAUCAAGGUCGACUAGGUCAUGUUAAGUUGGAGGAUGUUCAAGCUGUCAAUGAUGCAUUGAGACAAUACGAUGCUUUGACUGAUAAACUCGAUGCCCUGAUCCACAUAGACGCCGAGAAUUCGCGUUUUGUCUAUGAAUGGCGACAAGAGCAAGAGCGCUCUUUGCGCGCAUCUAAGGGCACUGGCAUGACCGAGGAUCAGGUCAAUCAUUUUGUGGACGGCUAUUAUCCCUCAUACGAACUUUUCACGGAGACUCUUCGCGAGGGUGUCUUCAAGCCUGCGAACCACUCAUCUACGACUUCGUCAUCUGACUGGCAGGGUCGUCAACUCCGUCUUGUGGUGGAUCGAAACAGAAGAGUACAGGAAGUGAUACAGAUCUGA